GCGGAUGUGGUGUUUCGUUGUGGUCUUAACGCGACGCCGACAGACGAGUCGCUCGACUGUGACGUGACGUGACAACAGGUGGAGAGGACGCUGACGACGAGAACACCCAGACAAUCCCUCUGUGACUGAGGAAGAGGAUUGUAACGUCCCCGUGGUGCUUUUGUGUCCCACUGAGAAGGAAAACUUCAAUCACUUCACUUCAAUGCCGCGUCCUCAUUGGUCAGUCUAAGGGGGUUUCAUGAGGCCCCUCGAGGUGUCCACCGAUUGGCCCUUCACGCGGCUCGCAGGACAGUCAGCCAAUCGGACGCCGCCUGGCAGCGGCAGCGUCUCCUCCUGCAGCAGCAGCAGCAGUUUUCUGCCUCAGUCUGGACGGCGACAGACGGGAGCUGGAGCUGCACUGCGGCGGCUGAAGUGAAGCAGAGACUCUGCACAAGUGAUCUCCGUCAUGGAGGUUCCCCGGAGGCUUCCGCCUUCCUCCUUCACUCUGACUCUCCCUAAACCGGCCGCGUCUGCGCCGGCUUCCUUUGUCCCUGAGAAAGAUCCGGAGGAAGAAGAGAAUCUUCGGGAGGAAGACGAAGCCGGUGAGGAGACGUUCAUCAGCACCGAGGAGGCGGAGCCGGGCGCGUCUGUCGUCGAGCGUUCGAACUCCAACCUGUCGUCGCGGGACAGUUUCUCGGAGGAGAGUGGCGGCCCGAUGUCAGAGGAGCGUUUGGCGCCGGAGGCCGACGAAGAGACCGGGAGGAAAUGCGAGGAGGAGGAGCGAGCGGCGGCCAAAGAGCGAGCGGCCCAGAGGCAGCUGAUGGCCAUUGAGGAGCUGGUGCAGUCCGAAAGGAAUUAUCUGAGACUGCUGCAGCUCAGCACGGUGACCAUCAGGGGCAACCUGCUGAAACUACAGCCUCCUCUGCUCAACCUGAACAGCAUGUUCCUCCAUGUGGACGAGGUGAUGGACGCGUCCAGUCGACUCCUCAGCCUGUUGGACCAGAAGCGAGUUCGGCCAGGAGAUCCUCUCUUCCUGCAGACGCUCUGCGAGUCGUUCCUCAGCCUGUCAUCGGACAUCGAGGCGGCCUACAAGGAAUACCUGGCCAACUACAACCACAUCACCGUGGUGGAGAACAGCUACAAGCAGAGGGAGGGGCUGUGGAAUGAGAUCGUCAGAGUCAUCAAGGCCUCGGCACCCGAGGUGAACGCCACGUCUCUGACUUUCUUCCUGGUGAUGCCGGUGCAGCGGAUCGCCCGCUACCCGCUCCUCCUGCAGACCAUCCAGAAACACACCGACCCGGCCCACCCUGCGUACGCCCUCCUGGAGCACACGGCCCACACCUCCAUCGCCCUGAACUGUGGCAUCAACGAGUACAAGCGCUUCAGAGAAGUCGCCGACAAAUACAAGAAGACUGAAACUCUGACCAUCAAAGACAAGAUCAACCGCCUCAACUCCCACAGCAUCGCCAAGAAGACGGCGAGACUCAGCCAGCAAAUCAAACACGAGACGGGGAUCACGCCCAAGCUGGUGGACGAGGAGUUCGACGCCCUGCAAGAUUUCUUCUACGUGCUGGAGCACGGCAUCCUGGAGCUCCUGGAGAACGUGGAGACGUACCUGCACCACCUGCAGGGUUUCCUGGCCUGCAGGACGGAGGAGUUUGACCUGGACAUGGACGGAGAGAAAGCUCCCAUUUGCUACAAGGAGAUCACGACCGCGCUCCGACAGUGGAUUCUUCCUACUUUUGAGAAGAGGAUGAGGACGCUGAUCCACAGGCCGCUGUGCGCGCUCCGCGACCUGCUGGUCGGGCCGAGGAACCUGAUCCGGAAGAGGCUGGACAAGCUGCUCGACUACGAGCUGAUCGAGGCCAAAUCCAACCUGAGCUACGAGGAGCACGCGGUGGCCAACACGUACAGGACGAUCAACACGCUGCUCCUGAAUGAGCUUCCUCAGUUCAACGGUGUCGCUCUGCAGAUGAUCUGGAGCAUGUUGGGAACGUUCAGCUGUCUGCACCGGGACCUGGCCUCUGACAUGGAACAGCUCUUCCAGAGUUUCGCACAACAGUUGCCUCACAGCUCUCUGAGCCCCGGUGCAUUCUGGGAGUGGGCGGAGUCCAUGGCGUUGGAAGGCGCGAGGAGGCUGGAGACUCUGUGUCGAAGUGUGGAGGACACGCUCAACGCGCCCGUCGUCCAGCCUCUGAGUCCGUCCUCGCAGCGCCGGCUGAAGCAGCUGAUGGAUAAACACGGUUCCGGAAAGAUCUGGCAGGCGGCGGCGGCGGUCGUGUCCAGUCGGGAUCUGGACCUGAACCUGGCCAAAGGGGAGCUGGUGGCCGUCAUCAGCGAGAUGGACACGAGAGGAGACAGACGCAGGUGGCUGGUGGACGCAGGAGGCAGGAGAGGCUACGCUCCGUCCUCCAAGCUGAUUCGCUAUCAUCAGCCCGCGGAGGACCCGCCCCCCUCGCCACACCUGACCCUCCCAGACGGCGUGACGGGAAUCAGGAGACACUCGUACUCCCCCGAGAGUCGACCGCUGACCAGCCAGCCGUGCUUCCAGGUGAUGGCGGCAUACGACUUUGCGGCGAGAGGAAGCCACGAGGUUUCCCUGCGGGCGGGUGAGCGGGUCCGCGUGCUGGAGCCCCACGACAAGCGAGGGAACCCCGAGUGGAGCCUGGUGGAGGCGCGAGGAGGGCAGAGGGGCUACGUGCCCUCUAACUACCUGACCCUCAUGCCCCUGGGGGUCGGGGUCGGACCGCCGGGCUCGUACCUGCCCCACUGAGGCGCCCGCUCCUCAGAACAUCACGACGGUAAAUGAUUUAGAUCGACGCUGUAAAGAGCGAAUUCUGUUCAGUUUUGCAACUGGAACUUUCUCCAGGACAAACAAACGUCUCAGGCUCGAAGCUAAACGUCCAAACGACUGGACGGAGCCACGGGUGUGAAGCGCGGCGGAGGGUCGAGAACUCAAAACGUCUGGAGCUCCAGCAACGGGGAAGAACAUUUGCACUUGUUUUUUGAAGAGUUUCAGUGUUGGACGGUUAAACUCGCAAGAACAAUCUGAAGCUUUGAUAUACGACAAAUCGUGUCUCGGAUCGACAGGAAAAACCAAAUGAAGGAAGCCUCGGGUAGUUCUAAAGCAUCAUGGCGUCUUGCUCAUGGACACCCGGGCAGAGCUGAAGGUGUGUGUGUGUGUGUGUGUGUGUGUGUGUGUGUGUGUGUGUGUGUGUGUGUGUGUGUGUGUGUGUGUGUGUGUGUGUGUGUGUGUGUGUGUGUGUGUGUGUGUGUGUGUGUGUGUGUGUGUGUGUGUGUGUGUGUGUGUGUGUGUGUGUGUGUGUGUGUGUGUGUGUGUGUGGGUGUCGAGACUGACAGGUACACGACGCUCUCAUCGUCAUUGUCUCACAAAGUGUGAUGUAAAACUUCUCCCGGCCCCGAGGAGAAGAGAGACGGGAGGAAGGAAUGAAGUCAUAGGAGAAGUGAACGGGUUGCAGGGGAGGAGGAGACAGAGUCGCUCUGUUAGUUUAGAUCACUUCCUGUUCGUCCUCCGGCGUUUUCCCUUUCCGCCCUUCUCCUCUUCACCAUGGUCGGAAUCAUAUUCCUCCUUCAUCACGUUUUUUUAAAUCACAGACGCAAAACAGACGGGAUGGAGGCCGACCUACUUCUGUUCAGAGACACCUGAUGAUGAUGAUGCUAGUUGCCAUGGAUACGGUUCUAAUCGAUGCAGGUCGCGUCUCACUGAGACAUUUUAUCUUCUUCUUCUUCUUCACGUCGACCGCACUGUGAAAAGCAGGAAUCACUUUUUAAAAUUUUUAUUGAAUUUUUCAUUUUGGAGCAGAUUUGUGACAAAUGUUGCUGCUUGGUUACGUCCCAGUCGAUGUCUCCAUUAUGAUUCAUAUGUAACAGUAAAUUACAUGAUGACGUCUCUUCUGGGUCAUAUUCAUACUCUUCUUCUUCUUCAGAUUGAAUCAUUUAUGUUUGUACAUGGCGUGUCACGUUAAAUAUCGCUGCCGCAAUGAAUUGUGGGGCGUCUUAUAUUUCCUUUAUAUUCAUAUAGGGAGCUCCAGUGUACCCUAUGCUAAAGGAGAGAAUGGAAGGAAGCAUUGAAGCAUCCUUUUCAAAGCAUUUAGAGAAUCUGAACAGCUCUUAUCAUGGCUGCCGAGGAAAUGGGAAAUACUUACGGGUUACUUCAAGAUUUAGGGAAACUCCCUAAGCACAUUUGACAAUUCGACCGCACACCCAGAGUCUCUUCUCCUGUUGGAUUGUGCUGCAUCAGCUGCUGAGAAUGGGAGGGAGGGAGGGAGGGAUGAAGGGAGGGGUGAAGGGAGGGAGAGAGCUUCUCAGCUGGAGCUCAGCUUCACCAUCAUCAGCCUGAAUGUCAGGACAGAGCCGCAGCAGGAAGCUGAAACAAAAAUACCAAGUGUCCUCGAGGUGAAUGAGAUGAAAGAAGAACGUUUCACCUGCUUUCCCCUUUUCAAAGGAAUAUAUAUAUAUAUAUCUGUGUCCAUUCGUAUAUCAGCCAGUGAAUGUUGUUAAAAACAUUUCAUUUUAGGGUUUAUUCAGUUUUUAAUCUUUUAUUUUUGAAUUCUCAAUGAUGGAAAAUGAAGAAGCAGAGAUUGCUGAUGAUCCCUGAACAUUUGAAGUAUUAACACACACGCACACACACACACUCACCCAUCACUCCACUAGAGGGAGCAGGAGACUUAGUGUCUGAUGAGCGAGCCUGUAGUUCAGGUGUGCGUGUGUGUGUGCGUGUGUGUGCGUGUGCGUGCGCGUGCGUGUGUGUGUGUGUGCGUGUGCGUGUGCGUGUGCGUGUGCGUGUGCGUGUGUGUGUGUGAGAGCGAGCUAGCUCCAUCUUUACCUUAUUCGUCAGUAUUACCUCUCGUCCGGUUCUGUCUGUGUUAUUAAGCUCAUGUUUAUUUUAUUAUUCCGUCAAAGGGAUGUGAAGUGAAACACAUUGAACCUGCUGACGUUUUACAACAGUUUGUUUGUAAAGAAUCAUUCUGUUAUAAGUUAUUGUCUUAUGAUCAUGUUCAGUUUAAAGAGUUUUAAGUUAUUGUGACCUCAGAUACGAUGUGUUGUGAUGUUGAACACGCGCGCGCCCAGGUAACAGAUGAGCCAGCUGUUACGUGACCAUGUGGCUUUAAUAAAACUAAACACAACCUU